UCAGCACUCCACCAGAGCCUCCGCCUCAGCCUUACUGUGAGUCUGGUUGACAGCAGCUUCUAAGAUGUCCCAACAACACACACUGCCAGUGACCCUCCCCCCUGCCCUCAGUCAGGAGCUCCUCGACACUGUUCCUCCUCCAGUCACUACCCAGCAGGAGCAAAGGAAGCAGCCAGCUCCACUGCCUCCUCCGUGCCAGAAGGUGCCUGUCGAGCUCCCAGUGGAGGGCCCGUCAAAGCAUGAGGAAAAACACAUGACUACUGUAAAGGGAGUGCCUGAGCAAGAAUGUGAGCAGCAGCAGCAACCACUGGAACAGGAACUGCAGCAACAGCACUGGGUGCAGGAUAAGGAACAUCAGAAAGCAGAAAACCCUGUGCAACAGCUUCAGCAGGAGAAAGCACAAAGGGAGAAGCAGCAGCUACAGGGACAGCUGGAAGAAGAGAAGAAGCUCUUGGACCAGCAACUGGAUCAAGAGCUAGCCAAGAGAGAUGCACAACUGGGAACAAAGAAAGAGCAAUUGUUGGAGUUCCCAGAGCAGCAGGAGGGGCAGCUGAAACACCUGGAGCAGCAAGAGGGGCAGCUGGAGCUCCCAGAGCAGCAGGAGAGGCAGCUGAAGCACCUGAAGCAGCAGGAGAAGCCGCUGGAGCUCCCAGAGCAACAGGAGGGGCAGCUGAAGCACCUGGAGCAGCAGAAGCCAUUGGAGCUCCCAGAGCAGCAGGAGAGGCAGCUGAAGCACCUGGAAGAGCAGAAAGGGCAGCUGAAACAUCUGGAGCACCAGGAGGGGCAGCUGGAGCUCCCAGAGCAGGUGGGUCAGCCAAAGCACCUGAAACAGCUGGAGAAGCAGCUAGAGCACCCAGAGCACCAGGAGGGGCAGCUGAAGCAGCUGGAGGAGAAGGAGGGGCAGGUGAAGCACCUGGGGGAGCAGAAGGAGCAGUUGAAGCAUCUAGAGCAUCAGGAGGAACAGCUGAAGCAUCUGGAGCAGCAGGAGAGGCAGCUAGAGCACCUGGAGCAGCAGGAGCGGCAGCUAAAACAUCUGGAGCAGCACGAAGGACAGCUGGAGCUCCCAGAGCAGCAGGUGGGGCAGUCAAAGCACCUGGAGCAGGAGGAGAAGCAGCUGAAACACCCAGAGCAGCAGGAGGGGCAGCUGAAGCACCUGGGAAAGCAGGAGGCACAGCUGGAGCUCCCAGAGCUGGUGGGGCAGCCAAAGCACCUGGAGCAGCAGGAGAAGCAACUAAAGCACCCAGAGCGGCAGGAGGAGCAGCUAAAACCUCAGGAGCAUCAGAAGGGGCAGCUGAAGGACCCGGAACAGCAGGAGAGACAGCUGGAGCAGCCCGUGUUUGCCCCAGCUCCAGGCCAGGUCCAAGACAUCCAACAAGCCCUGCCCCCAAAGGGAGAAGUGUUGCUUCCUGUAGAGCAGCAGCAGCAGCAGCAGCAGGAGGCGCAGUGACAACAUAAGUAACCACCUGCAGUGUCCAGAGGCCCUCCGAUCAUCUCAUACAAGAGAAGAGAGAGCCACUGAUCCAAUUAUUUCGGGUCCCCUAGGUGUCCCGUCUCAUCUGUGAACUUGACUCUGUCCCGCCACAUGUCUGUUCAAUGGGGUGAGGGGGAGGGAGAGAGGGAAUUAUUGUCCAGAGCCACCCUCAAUGAGCCCAAUCCCAAGCUCAGGUGAGCAGAGCCACUACUUGAGGGAUUACUGUUACAAUAGGAAUCUCUACUCCCCCAGUAUUGAAGCUGAAUCAGUGAGUGUGUACAAUGAUACAUAAUAAAUCCUGGAAGUCUUGGGAUCCU